AUGAAACCCUCUCUCACUAUCUACACCCUUCUUGCUCUCCUUCUGGCCACCGGAAAAUUCGUUUUCGGCCAAAACUGCGGCUGCGCUGCCAACUUCUGCUGCAGCAAAUACGGCUACUGCGGCAAAGGCAAUGAAUACUGUGGGCCCGGCUGCCAGGAAGGGCCAUGUAACCCAAAUAAAGUUGGUGACAUAGUGACGGAUAAUUUCUUCAACGGAAUUGCUAAUCAAGCGGCGGAGGGCUGCGCCGGAAAGGGAUUGUACACAUGCGCCGCCUUCCUUGAGGCAACUCGGCCGUUCCCGAAAUUCGGCGCCACCGGCUCCGCCAAUGACUCUAAGCGGGAAGUUGCGGCGUUCUUCGCGCAUGUCACGCAUGAGAGUGGACACCUGUGCCAAGCCUUAAGCUUUGAUGAUGGAUUGAAAAAUCUUGAUGUGGAGACCAAAGAUCCCGCUAUCUCAUUCAAGACUGCGUUGAGGUUCUGGAUGAUCAAUAACGCGCGCACGGCUAUCACAUCGGGGAAGGGUUUUGGGGCGACGAUCAGGGCUAUUAACGGCAAGGAAUGCAACGGAGCGAAUCCAGCCGCCGUGGCUGCUCGUGUUAAUUACUAUAAAAGCUACUGCAGCCAACUUGGAGUUAAUCCCGGCCCUAAUCUUCUUUGUUAGGAGGGAUUGUUGGAAACACAAGCGUGGCCUCUUGCAAGAGCUAUUAACCAAGCCUGCUUGCAGUUAGGGUUUGUUGUGUUAUAAAUAAGUGGAAGUCUCUUGCAUGUACUAAGUGUGAAUUUGAUCACUCGCGAAGUGAUAUACGUGCGUGUGUUGUGUGUUGCAUGUACUAAAUAAAUUUUCUUAUGUUUAUAAAUAUCGAGUUGUAUGCUAGGGUUUGAUUCUUCAAUGAAUGAAAAUAUAAUCCAAGUUCUUCUCGAAA